UGAGGUCGCCUGCGAGCUUCAAGGAUGAAUGAGCUCAAGGUGGCAGUCCUGGGCAGCGAAGGAACGGGAAAAUCUGCCCUCACAGUGCGCUUUCUCACCCGACGUUUUAUUGGAGAAUACGCCUCUGACUCUGAAUGCAUCUAUACCAAACAUAUGUGCCUGGAUGGGAAGCAAAUUAACCUGGAAAUAUAUGACCCCUGUUCACAACCUCGGCAAGGGAAGUUGUCCCUGACAGAUGAGCUCCACUGGGCUGACGGGUUUGUCAUCGUGUAUGACAUCAGCGACAGAGCUUCCUUUGCUUUUGCAAAAGCCCUGCUGUACAGGAUACGAGAGUGCCACGCAAGUGCUUCCAAAAGAGCUUCAGAGUCUACUGUCGUUUUGGUCGGCAACAAGCAAGACCUGUGCCAUAUAAGAGAAGUUGGCUGGGAGGAAGGGCAGAAGCUGGCCCUGGAUUACAAAUGCCAAUUCUGCGAACUGUCCGCAGCAGAACACAGCCAGGAAGUGGUGGCCAUGUUCACCAAACUGCUGAAGAACACCACCUCUAACUCCAAAGGGAAGGAGAAGCGACGGCCCAGUGGGUCAAAGUCCAUGGCCAAAUUGAUCAACACCAUGUUUGGGAAGAGAAGGAAGUCUGUUUAG